AGGAGGGGGCUUCGGAGCGGGACUGGGACGGGGGGGGCGGCGCGAUGCUGGGCGCCGUAGAGCUGCUGCUGCUGGGGGCUGCGUGGCUGGCGGGCCCGGCCCGCGGGCAGAAUGAGACGGAGCCCAUCGUGCUGGAGGGCAAGUGCCUGGUGGUGUGCGACUCCAACCCCACGUCCGACCCUACGGGCACAGCCCUGGGCAUCUCUGUGCGCUCCGGCAGCGCCAAGGUGGCUUUCUCUGCCAUCAGGAGCACCAACCACGAGCCGUCCGAGAUGAGUAAUCGCACCAUGAUCAUCUACUUCGACCAGGUACUAGUGAACAUUGGGAGCAACUUUGAUUCAGAACGCAGCACUUUCAUCGCCCCGCGCAAAGGGAUCUACAGUUUUAACUUCCACGUGGUAAAAGUCUACAACAGACAGACCAUACAGGUGAGCCUCAUGCUAAACGGGUGGCCGGUGAUUUCAGCCUUCGCUGGUGACCAGGACGUGACCCGGGAGGCCGCCAGCAACGGAGUCCUAAUCCAAAUGGAGAAAGGCGACCGAGCAUACCUCAAGCUGGAGCGGGGAAACUUGAUGGGGGGCUGGAAGUACUCGACCUUCUCCGGAUUCCUCGUGUUUCCUCUCUGACUGGCUCAUAGCCUGAAGGGAGGCAGGGAGAGGGCGAAGGCAGAAAGGGGAGUAAAAAAGAGGCUGAAAUUAAGAGGGAGAGAAAGCAGCACGACUUGAAACUUCCUACAUGUUCUCUAACUGUAUCUGGGUAAAAAGGUGCGCGCCAGCGGUGGGACAACUUUGUCCAUUUCCUUAUUAGGAGACAUACAUUUCGCUUAGCUGUGCGCACUCCCGUUUCCAAAAAUAAACUCGCCUCCCCCAUUCCAGUUGCAGUAAUCAAGAAAGAGACGGCCUUGUCAUUGUUUCUUAUUCCCCAACUUCAUGUUCCCUGCAAUUUAUUUAAAGAAACUUUGUAUUUCACUACA